GCGCGCACUGCGCCUGCGCUGGCGUCUCAGGCUCCGGGCCCUGUGGCCCCGGCUCUUUUGUUUCCCGGCUGGAGUCGGAGCUGGACACGGAGCCGUAGACCGAGCCGGAGCCGGGGUUGUCUCGAAUUAGCAGCCCGGGCCAGGAGCGCCCUGAGUGGCCCGUGGGGCAGGCAGCGGGCCGGCCUGCCCAAUGGGGCGCGGCCCCCGCCCGCCGCCCCCGGCCGGUGCCGCCGCCUGAGCGCGCCCGCCGCCCGCCAUGGAGCCCGGCCGCGGCGGCCUGGAGGCCGUGGGCAAAUUCGAAUUCUCGCGCAAGGACCUGAUCGGACACGGGGCCUUCGCGGUUGUCUUCAAGGGGCGCCACCGCGAGAAGCACGACCUGGAGGUCGCGGUAAAGUGUAUUAACAAAAAGAACCUGGCCAAGUCCCAGACUCUGCUGGGGAAGGAGAUCAAGAUCCUCAAGGAAUUGAAACAUGAAAAUAUCGUGGCUUUGUAUGACUUCCAGGUGAGGCUGGGGCUGUGGUCGCUGUGGGGAGGGGGUGUGGUACUUUCCCAGGCUGGCCUGUGCACAGUUUCAGACCCCAGAGGAUAGAGCCCAGGCCAGCCAGGCGCUGGAGACCCUGGUCCGUAGUGGAUGGUGUUAGGCCAGCAUCUUGUGUUGGGGAAAGAGCUGGGUGCCCCUGUAUGUAGACAGCUGUCUGGCCUGCCUAGGCCAGAGGGCUCUGUCUGGGCUUCCUCUGGGCAUGUCGUAGAGUCCCCACCUUCUCUGGCUGGCGGACUGACAAAGGCGCCAGUGGUGGGCCAUGGGUAGGAUGAGUGCUCUGACCCAGUGGCCCUGACCUGAGUGAGUGUUGUCCCCAGCGCAGGCCCCAGGCAAUCCCAGCAGCCUGGCCCACCUGUCUGGCUGGGUGAUUGUUUGUUGACAGUGCUCCAGCAGCCUGGCAUU